UAAUUAGACGCAAUCGCGGGACAUGGCACGUUAUCUGUUUACCCUGAUCGAUCGGUGCGCAGCUGCGCUCGUCGCUCGUCCCGCGGCCUCCUCGAAUCGAAGCCCUAACAUAUUCGAGCUAUCUCUUUGACAAAUCUAGGAUUUCCAACUGUGGAUCUCUCUCCUGACCAUUAUCUUGUGAAAUUUGUCGGAUGAUUUCUGUUCGUCGGCAGCUUGCCCAAGGAGAUAUGGUUGGAGGUGGAAGCAGGAAGGACGAUGGAUCCUUGAAGAUUAGCAACACUAACGUUUUCGCCGCGCUCGAGACCCUCAAGAAGAAGAAGAAGUCGGACAAGAACUCGAAGAGCAAGGGGGCAUCAAAGAGCCAGGCGAAGAAGCCGGAGCCGCAGGUGUUCUGGUCGCCUACACCGCUGACGUCGAAAUCCUGGGCGGAUGUUGAUGACGACGAUGAUUACUUCGCCACCACAGCUCCGCCACUGCCUGUUUGGGGUUCGUCGCAGCAGCACGACAAGGAAGCUGAGCCUGCCUUCGAGGAAGAAAGUGAAAGUGAAGAUGAUGAUGUCGAUCACGGUGAUGAGGAUGACGACGAGGAACAUGAACAUGAACCUGAGGUUACCGUUGAACAUGCACCUAUAAUAGAGAAACCUACUGUUCCUGUUCCAGCACCUGGGCAACUCUCUAAGAGGGAACUUAAGAAAAAAGAAAUGGCAGAACUUGAUGCGCUUCUACACGAGCUAGGCAUUUCAGGCAAAGAAACUAAUGGCGCUCAAGACGAAACCGAUGGCAGCAAACAACUGCAGCAAAAUGACGACGAUGGAGAGAAAAAGGACCACACUGUUGCUUCUUCAGAAAGCAAAAACCCAAAGAAGAAGAAGCAUAAAAAGGAAAAAUCAUCAAAAGAAGCCAAAGAACAAGAGGAACAACAGCUUCCAGGUCUCGAUACCAGUAAUAAAUGCCCAGAAGAGGUGGUUGCUGCUGACCCUGGUGGUGAUACAUCUGGAGUUGAUGUAGAGAGAAUAAAGAAAAUGGCAUCAGUUAGGAAGAAAAAAACUGGUAAAGAGAUGGAUACUGCCGCAAAAGUUGCUGCUGUUGAGGCGGCUGCUCGCAGUGCAAGGCUUGCUGCUGUGAAAAAGAAAGAGAAGAGCCACUACAAUCAACAGCCCGCACGCUGAGUUAUGUCUCUUUCUUCUCCAUGUCUUGUGCAUUUGAUGAACUCCACAUGAACAAUGGGGUAGCUGUAGAUGAUCCUAUGAAGUUGCUGUUUAUCUUCUUCCAUGAACUUCAGAACAUUCUGAUUGUUUCCAUGUGUUAUACUUGUAUUUCUGCUAAGGGAGCUUUGCGUACAAAUAA